GCAUUCAGGGCUUUUUCCACGAUAUAAUUUUAACGAUUUAUGGUUGGUUUGGUGAAUGGUGAUGACCAAACAUGGCUGCCCAUCGUAAAGACAUACAGAGCAGUCUUUUCAUUAUCUUGACAGUCCUAUCUCUACAUCUUGCCAGCGGGGAAUAUUCCUACCCCGAUGUCUUCAAUGAUCCCGAACGCGACACCUUGAUCACGGGGACGUUUUCCGACGACUUCGCCUGGGGUUCGGCCACCUCCGCCUACCAAGUCGAAGGCGGAUGGGAUGAGGACGGCAAGGGCGAGAGCAUCUGGGACACCUUUUCACACAACGGUCGGAUCUUCGAAAAUCAAAACGGCGACGUCGCCUGCGACAGCUACCACAAGUAUUCCGAGGACAUCCAGCUGGUGAAGGCCAUCGGACUGACCCAUUACCGCUUCUCGAUCUCCUGGCCGAGGGUGUUGCCCAAGGGGACACUCGCCGGGGGCGUUAAUCAGGCUGGCUUGGACUACUAUACCAACCUCAUCGACGAGCUCCUCGCCAACGACAUCGAGCCCGUGGUCACCCUCUAUCACUGGGAUCUUCCUCAGGUCUUGCAGGAUGAUUACGGCGGAUGGGAAAACGACACAUUGACCGAUUUGUUCAACGACUACGCAAACCUGUGCUUCAACGAAUAUGCCUCUAAGGUAAACCUCUGGAUCACAUUCAACGAACCAUACGUGGUGACCUGGCUCGGUUAUGGAAUAGGGGUGUUCGCCCCUGGUGUCUACAGUCCUGGCUACGCCCCUUACCGUGCCGCCCACACCAUCAUCAAGGCCCAUGCCAAGGCAUACAACACUUACAGGGCUAACUACUUCCCUCAGUAUGGCGGUAAGGUCUCCAUUACCCUUAGUACCGACUUUGGAAUGCCGGAGUUCCCCGAUAAAGAGGUGGAUGUAGCGGCUGCUGACAGAUACAUGCAGUUCACUGCAGGAUGGUUUGCGCACCCAAUUUUAAAGAAUGGCGACUAUCCCGACGUCAUGAAGUGGCAAGUCGGUAACAAGAGUCAGGAGCAGGGCCUCGCCGAGUCCCGUCUACCAGUGUUCACCGAAGAGGAGAAGCAGUACAUCAAGGGGACCGGAGACUUCUUUGGCUUGAACAGCUACACCACGACAGUGUGCAGACAUCGCAUUGAACCUGCAGGAGAUCCCAACUACGAGGGUGACCAGGAUGUUUACCGCUACCAACCGGACAACUGGCCAACAUCUGGUUCUGACUGGCUCCGACCGGCUCCAUGGGGUUUAAGAGGUCUCUUAAACUGGCUCAAGAUUGAGUACGACAACAUCCCCAUCUACAUCACUGAGAAUGGCAUUUCUACUCCCGACGAAUUCAACCUUGAAGAUGACACAAGGACCACAUUUUACAACUCUUACAUCAACGAAGCCCUCAAAGCUUACAAGGAAGACGGCGUGAACCUUGUCGGUUACUUCGCUUGGUCACUCAUGGACAACUUCGAGUGGACUUCGGGUUACAGCCAGCGCUUCGGACUUCAUUACGUAGAUUUUGACGAUCCCGAAAGACCCCGAACGCAGAAAAACUCUGCAAAGUGGCUGACGGGACUAGUGGCCGACAACGGGUUUUCGGCAGCGCCGCGUCUACAAGGCGCAACAUUCGUCGUCUGUCUUACCGCCUUGGUUUUUAAAUUGUUUGUGUGAAAUAAAUUGAAAUGUAUUUCUGUAGUUUACUGCUCUGUUUUUAAUUCAAAUAAUGUGAUGCCUUACAUUACAAAAAGGUGACAGAAUAAAUUGUACUUUUCACCCGAGCAAAAGUCAAUUGUAGACCAAAAUAAUAUGCAGUUAGUGUCCACAAUCACAAAUAGCGCUUUAUCAAAAGAAAUGGAAAAUAAUAUGUGAACACGGUGGUGAAUAACAUGAACUUGUAUUUACAUUUCAUUUAAUAUAAAGCUGAAAUUUGUUGAAUAGGUAUUAAAUGUAUAUGCUAUUACUGUA